UGGACCCUUUCAUGCAUGGGGCGGGACUAGGAGCUCUAUAAAAACCCCAAACCACCAAGGAUAAUACAUUCGCUUCUCCUGCCUUAUUCUCAUUGCAGAGUGGGCUUGCCUCCCUCCAUCACAUCAAGAUGACUUUCUGCUACCAGACCCAGUGUGAGGAUUCCUGUUACUCACCCUGCAACUACGGGACCGUGUACACUUACAGGAGCUAUGACUGCGGAAGCCCCUGCAGCUACCGGACCUAUGACUGUGGAAGCCCCUGCAGCUACCGGACCUACGACUGUGGGAGUCCCUGUGGCUACCGGAGCUAUGGGAGUCUGUGCGGUUACCGUGACUGCUACCCUUCCUAUAGCUCCCGCUACUGCUACCCCUACUCUUCUCGCUACAUCCGUAGAUACAACUAUGGGAGCUGCUACCCCUGCUAAAUCAAGAUGGAUAUAAUGGAAAAUGAGGAGUGAGAAUUAAACACUGAAUUCAUAGCUGCUCUUAAAGCGGAAGGUUUACAGAAGCUCUGAGUACAGGACUAUAGCUGAAAGCUGUAGUAUUUUGGAGUGAUCAGUGUUGCUGUAAAACUUCUGCAGUGUGCUUCUAAAAUGUCUUCCUUCUUUCCUACAGACUUCUUAACCUUCCAUGAGUUCAGUGGUGUAAAGGAAGCCAGUCUUAACAUGGAUGAACAACUUCUUAACUGACUUCUAUCUCUUUCCCAGCUAACAUUAAUGAAAUCUAGAAUGUACCUGCACUAGCCUUCCUAUAGAUAUGUUUUUGAUUUAACUGUUUUUGAAGCUGUAUGAAAAAAUAGUAAAUCAUCUGAUUUGAUUUGUUUCACUGGACUGAAAGCAAGUCAAAAGGUUGAAAAUGGAAACUGAUAGUCCAGUGCUACAGCUGUAGCAGCAAAAAUAGUACCGAUGAAACCAGUUUUUCUGUAGAUAAAAUCUCUGUAUUCAUUCUUUCUGCUUCUGCUCCUUGCACUAUUUUAGAUUGUGACUGUUAGCUUUAUUCUCAUUAAAAAUAUUAUAGCAUCAU